AGACACGUUUUUUUUCCUAUGAUGACGCAACUACAUCGCAACUAGUUGUUGAAGAAAGAGGUCGAGAGUGUAAACAUAAGAUUCUGUUGCCUUGCAGAAGUAUUAGAACCGGCAGAAACAGUAGCUGUAGCUGCACCUGUAAAAAUAAAAAAGAUCAACGAAUUGUUGAUGGACCUGAACUGGCUAUUAGACUGUUGAAUCUAGUUGGUAUUGGUACCACUGGCUCCUAUCGCCGGAACCAAAAACAUGGGUAAAUUUUCGGACCGUGGCUUCGUGGUCAUUACUGGCGCGGCCGGUAAUUUCGGUGCGGCGAUGGCGAAGAAAGUGGUGGAAGAGGGGGGCUCUGUGCUUCUCAUCGACACGCCGGCAUUGACGAAGCCACUGGAGGCGCUGCGCGACUACCUUGCCGACCGUGCCGCGAAAAUCUUCGCCGCACAAAAAAACGCGAUAAAGCGCACGGUGAGCGGGACCGUGCUGAAUCAACAACUUCUCUUACAACAAGGAACUUCUAGCAGAAACGGUUCCAGCAGCGAUUUGCAGAAGAUCCAACAAGGAAAUAUUAACGGGGACGCGUCGGCGUCGAACAAACCAGUGAAGCUGGAGGAUGAGAACAGUACUAGCAAAAAGUCCUCCAAUGGACCGAGCAGUCCGCUUCCCCCCGGAGCCAACUCCGUGGACAACAGCGCCACAACGACCACCAGCAGUGGCGCACCCGUCGCAGCCACACCUAAUGGCCCGCCGAGCAUCAAUGUCUACCCUCCGGCAACUGCGUUCAGUCCCGGGUCUCGCUUGUUACCGAGUCCGAUGAGCCUGCCGCAUCUCCAACAGCCACGCGUUUAUGAAAUGCAAAUAUGUCUGGGUCUGGAAGAAUGGAACUUGUAAUGCUGUCUGCGGAUUCUAAAAAUAGCUGUGUUGCAUGAGCAGCAAGAGGAGUCAGCUCUUGGCACGCGGAGAGGGCAUUUCUCAUGCGUAAUUAGCAUCAAGCAGCUCUCAAAAAAUCUGUGAUGCUAGCACCAGCAUCACAGACCUCACGGGUCAUGCAAAACGUGCAUGACAAUCCCCGACUCUUCCAGACCCAGACAUUUUUGCAUUUGAUAGCGUUCUCAUGUUCACGAUGGACGUGCGCAUCGACAGCGAGAUCGCAAAAAUGGAGAACUUAUCCUGUGCAAAAGUAUCGCACUCGUAGUAAUCGCAGCUGUGCAUUACAAAUCUCCAUCCCAAGGCAAAACAGCAUGACAAAUUCCACUUAUCAUUCUGAGCCAAUUUGUAAUGCGAUUACUAUAUAUUAUAUUCAUGCGAAAAAAGAGGUAGACAGAGGGUAAACAAGAGGUGGCCGAGAGGUCAAAAAGAGGUCAAAAGAGGUAAAAAAGAGGUCGACAGAGGUGGAGAGGUGGCGCGGGACCCCUUUCGAGAGGGUCGGCGAGAGGGUGCGCGAGUAUAGCCCGCCGAAGGCCCCACCUUAAGGCGGCGCCUAAGUGCCUCAGAGGGUGCAGAGAUGUCAAAAAGAGGGGGCGCGAGAGGUCGACAGAGGUCGAGAGAGGUGGCGCGAAUAAGGGGCGACCUCUCGCGGACCCUCUUGGCCACCUCUCGGCCACCUCUGUCGACCUCUACUCGCGAGUAUAGCCGGAUUAUUAGCGGGGACCCCCAAAAGAGGCAAAAAAGAGGGUCUGCGAGAGGUCUGCGAGAGGGUAAAGACACAAAGUGGUGGGCGCGAAUCCGCAUGGUACUACCAUUAUUUGGCACUGCAGGCUAUUCGCGGACUUGUUUUGUUCGGCGCCUGUCCCCGCCACCCUCUCGCGCACCCUCUCGCGCACCCUCUCGCGCCACCCUCUCGCGCACCCUCUCGCGCCACCCUCUCACAAACCUUCUCGCGCACCCUCUCGCGCCACCCUCCCGCGCUACCCUCUCGCGCCACCCUCUCGCGCUACCCUCUGCCGCCGAGCGGCUUCUGUUCGCCCCCGGCGUUCUUUGCCGCUGCUCGCUGCGCAGAGCGCCCGCAGGCGCGGGAAGCGCGCAAGUGGUCCUGCGGGUUGGCGCGGCGCAAACCGGCGGCACGAAUGCAGUGUGUUUCGUUGUGCAUAGGCCCGUGGGGUUGUGGUCCGGUCGGCAAAUAGUCUUGCCCCGGCCCAACAGCCUUGCGCUCCGGCGGCAGCCGGAGCAUGGCUGGUUACUACUAGUGCGAUACUUUUCUUUGAAAUGCAUAGAACUUUCUGGAGCAGGAGAAGCUGAUCGUCUACGGGCUCUUCAACAACGCGGGGAUCCAGGGCGAAAUUCAACCCAUCUACGACACCACGGUGCAGGACUUUGAGAACGUCAUCCAGGUGAACGUUGUCGGUGCCUUCAAGGUUUUGCGGUCCGUAACGAAGUACAUGAAAGACCGAGGGCAAAAGGGCGCUGUGGUGUCAACCUCAAGCACGGCGUGGAACGGCGUGCCAAACAUGAUCGGGUAUGGACGGUUAGUAAUUGAGUUGUUGAAAAGACACACAGACAUAGAUAAACUCGAUCGAGAAGUGAGAUGUCAGAAACGAAUCACGAAUACCACCCAAAUACAACAAAAAUCAGAUACUCGAUGUCCAAGGCCGCGGUAGUGGGCAUGACGGGCAGCGCCGGCAAGGACCUGGCACCCUUCGGGAUUCGCGUGAACUGCAUCUCCCCGGGCCACGUGGGCGGCACCAUGUGGGACCGCAAGCUGAACCUCCAGGCCAAACUGAACACGCAGUACUGGCCGCACGGGGACCCAAAGGCCAUCGGCGAGGCCAUGCUGAAAAAGGUUCCCCAGCGCCGAGCCGCGGACGUGACAGAAAUCAUCAACGUGGUUAGCUUUCUCCUCUCCGAAGAAGCAUCCUUCAUGACCGGGGAGAACGUGCGUGUCGCGGGCGGGGAGUAAGAAGCUCUACUGUACUGACGCGAAUUUUGUCUGUAGACGAAAAUUUUCAAAUUUUUGCUUCCCUGCCGAUGUUGGAUGGAUGCAGGGGCGCUGAUGAUGAUCUGUUCGCAGAAUUUCUUGGGGACAUAUUUUGGACGUUUUCUGAAGGCAAAAAACGUCGCGCCACAAGGCGGCCGGAGAGGGAGGCCCUUUUUCGGCGGCCUACGCCGAGCUAUUUCGGCCGAUUUUAUCGGCCAGUCUGAAAAUUUGUCUGCAGCUCUCCGGGAGGGGUCGGAAACGAGGUCGUUUCCGGAGCUCCCGAGAGAGCCAAAAAUGGCCAAUUCGCGAGGCUUUUUUUCGGGGCCCGGCCGGAGCUAUUUCGGCCGAUUUUAUCGGCCAGUCUGAAAAUUUGUCUGCAGCUCAGGAGGAGCACUCCCAAAAGCUACCUUUUUUGGCCUCCUUCUCAAGGCCUUCAAAAACUGCCAAAAAGGCGACACCUGCCCAGCAGCUCCAAGCGCCUCCAUUUGGCGCGGCUGCUACUGCCAGUCUGCCAGCCUGUUAUGCCCGCCCUUGCGAAUUCCUGUGGAGCCUUCCCAAAAAACCGAAACAGGUCUCACCCUUCGCGGCAGCAAGAUCGCCGGGAGGGUGCUGCGGAGUGAAAAAAUUUGAAAAAUUUCGUGUACAGACAAAAUUCCCGGUAGUAUACUGUUGAUCUUACUUAAUAAAGAUUGUACGCUCAUCGCUGAACAGGAUGGCGGAGGUGGCGGGCGAGGACUUCGUCACAAAAUGUAA